AUGACUCCUAAUCAUCUGAAGGAGGAGGUGGUGGCUGCUGAAAGUAACUGGAAAGAGUGGAAAACUGCUCUCCAAACUAGGCCAUAUCCUGGUCAUGCUGGUGUUGCUAGUGAUCCACGUAAGCAUCAAAGUGAGCAACAUCCUCAGCAUGUUAUUACUCCUAUGCAGCAAUGUAGGUCUCAAAUUAUGUCUCCCACUAGUCGAAUCGCUCCACCAGCUGAUCCAGCUGAGAGUGUUGGCAGAGCAGAGCAUAUACAAGAACAGUCUGUAAUCUUCUUUGCUGUAUCUUAUUUUGUUGCUCGUCUUCUUGAAUGUCUUCAGGUUUCAGCAAUUGAGAAAUCUAUUUCCAGUAGAAAGAAGGUGCCUGAACUGCAGAUUACCACAUUAAUAGAGCUGCUUAUGAGACAAGCAGUCAAGCUAGAUGGCAUUGUUGCUGAAGGAGAUACUUCCUUUCAGAAAACACUAUUGGCUAAGAGGGUACAGAAGUGCGUUGAAGCUCUUGAUGUGCUCAAGUUGUCAAAUGGAAAGCUAAAGACUGUGAUAGUAACAACAAAAUGGGAAACAUUUGAUCUUCCAUCGACGGCAAACUUGGACUUGUUCUAACUCAGAACCGGGAUUCUGGAUUCAUGUCUUGCAUUUCCUGGCUUUGUGGGCUAAGGCUUCAUUUGGGGCGGCUUUCUUACUGGUUCUUAAAGCAACUUUUUAGUAUAAAAAAUUUAUUUGUUGUACUAAAAAGCUGUUUUAAAAAGCAGUAAGAAAAUCGUCCCAAACGAAGCCUAAAUCGAUAAUCUUCAUGUGUCUAUAGCAUCCAAAUAAUGGAUUAGCUUAAUAAGAGUGCUACCCUUUCCCUGUUUUUUUUUUUUUGAUCGAGCUAUUCAUUUUAUUUUGAAUUUUGAUCGUUAAUUCUGUUGAUAUGGGUAUCUUUGUUGGCUAUUUUGGGUA